CCCCGCCCCCGCGGCCUCCUGGUGUUCAAGUUGCAGGUGCCUUCAUGGCACAUUCCAUUCGAUGGAUGCCAUGAAGGCACCUGCAACCUGUGUUUACCUGUGUUUACCUGUGUUUAGUAGCAAGUCCAAAUCUAAUCCUGAUUAAGUUCCAGCACAGCGCCCCUAGUGUUUAGAUGAAGAAUCACAUCAAGUCUCUUUACUAAGUCUGCCUGUGUUCAAGUCUAAGUCUAUAAACUGAUUGCACCAAUUCACAGCAGAUGUUACACGUGCUUUGUGUAAAACCAGAAAAAAAGUUUUUUUUUUCUAUUUUUCUAUGGAGGAAAAUAACAAAAAAAACCCCACAAUAAGAUAAAAAACAAUCAUUAUCAGCUCAAUUGCAGGAAGUCCUGAAGGACACGUUUAUUGCUUCAUAUGAUUCUGACAACUAUUUCUAAUAACAGGUUGUGGUGGUGAUGAUGACAUGCUGCUGCCUUCUGUGGAAUGUUUUUUUUUACAGUCCCGGCAAAAAUUAUGUAACACCAAAAUUACAAAAUAAGAGAUUUGGGCAAAGGAAGCUGUCGAUGAACAACUCUUGUGUGCUGGGCUGUAAAGCUGCUGAUCUCUCUGUAGACUCUAGUUUGGAAAAUACUGAUGAAAAACAACCAACAACAUGAUGAGAGGUUUCCAUCACCAACGAGGCCUGUGGAUCACAGCUGCUGUGACGGGGUACACCACGAGGAGUUCACCAGUCCACCACUGGGCCACGUAUAAAGACAACAACCCCUAACACUCACACUUCGACUGUAGAUAUGGUGAAAUGGUUGGAAACCAGAGUACGAAGGUUGAAAAACCUCCACACAAAACACGCAAAGACUACGACAGAAAGUCAGACUCAGGAGCCUCAAGGACGAGGACGACACUCACCUCUUCUCCCUCCAUCAUGAGGUUUGAGGAGAUCCUGGACGACGUGGGGGGCUUCUCCAGGUACCAGUUCCUGGUCAUGGUCCUUCUGUGUGUCCCUCGUGCCGUCCUCGCGCUACACUUUCUCGUGCACAUCUUCAUCUCUGCCACGCCUGCUCAUCGAUGUGCCCUGGGUAGUGCAGAGGAGGACCGGGGUCUGGGUCUGGACCCCGAGCUGCUGGCGCAGAGAAUCCCUCUUAAUGGUGGCGGCUCCUUUGUUUCCUGCAGGGUCUAUGACCCCCCACUGAGCUUUGACCUGGGCCAAGGAAACAGGACAGCACCGUGUCCCCGUGGCUGGUCCUACGACAACUCACAGUUCAGCUCCACCACGUCUACUGAGUGGGACCUUGUGUGCGACGACAAAUGGAUGAAUCAGGCCCUGGCCACGUACUUCUUCUUUGGUGUCAUGAUUGGGAGCAUUUUUUUUGGACAGCUGUCGGACAAGUUAGGUCGGAGGCCCACUCUUCUUGUGUCUCUGGUCUGUUCCACCGUGCUGGGCUUCACGUCGGCCUUCUCCACUUCCUACACCAUGUUUGCCGUGUCCAGAGCGCUGUCUGGUGCACUGCUUAGUGGGAUAUCCAUCGUCACUGCUGCACUGCCUAUUGAGUGGUCAGAUGUGAAGCACCGAACCUUCACCGGUACUGUUGUCAGUUUGUCAUGGAGCGUUGGUAACAUGUGUCUGGCACUGCUGGCCUACUUCAUCCGGGAUUGGAGACAACUGUUGAUCGCGGUCACAGCGCCCUGCAUUGUUGCCAUUGCCUCCUGGUGGUGGAUACCUGAGUCCGCUCGGUGGCUGCUGGUUAAAGGGAAGGUGAAGGAAGCACAGAAGUAUUUGGUAAACUGUGCGGCCAUUAAUGGAAAGAACACAAACUCGUCCAAACUGGACACUAAGACUUUGGCCAAAGUGACUGUUUCUGUGGCAUCUGAGAAAAAGGCCUCCUACCUGGAUCUGGUGAAAACCCCCCAGCUGAGGAAAAUCACCCUCUGCUCUGCACUGUUUUGGUUCACCGUAGCCUUCGUGUACUACGGGAUCAGCUUUAGGAUUUCAGGUUUUGGCCUCAACCUCUACCUCACACAUUUCAUCUACAGUGUCAUUGAGGUCCCUGCUAAAAUCAUCACCUUCUUUGUCCUGGACUCAAUCGGCCGCAGGAACGGCCAGGCGUGGUUUUUGAUCACCACCGGAGCACUGAUUGGAAUCAACACAGCAAUACCUUUAGAGUUGACAGUGUUGCGGACGUGCAUUGCAGUUCUUGCAAAGGGUUUUUCCGAGGCAGCGUUCACCACAGCUUUCCUGUACACUGCUGAGCUUUUCCCAACUGUUCUUAGGCAGUGUGGUCUGGGCUUCACCUCAUUUGUCUGUCGAAUCGGAAGCUCGUUAGCGCCGUUGGUCAUUAUGUUGGAGGAGGUCUGGGGUUUCCUGCCACCACUGAUCUUUGCUAGUGCUGGAAUCAUCAGUGGUAUCUCCGUCUUCCUGCUGCCCGAGACCCUUAACGUUCGACUGCCAGAGAAUAUCAGCGACGUUGAAGAGGGACGACACCUGCGGAGUGACACUGAGCUGAAACAUCUGAAUCUAAAGAACUCAGGAGGAUCUGGUUUACGCACUGAAGCUCCCUCUAAUGGACGGACCUCACAACCACAGUAGAAAGAAUGUCGCAAAGGAAUAUGCGGUACAUGAUGGAGGAAUAUGUUUUUCUCUGAAAAAAAAAAUAAAAAGAAUAAAAAUGU